ACUGACAACUGCGUUCUUGCGUGAAUCUCUGAGGACGACCACAGAAACAUUUUGCGAAGGAAGUGAUACUGGAUAGUUAUUUUUCCACUUCUGGAGGAUUAUUCUUUUUCAGCUAUAUUUGUGUUUGAAUAAAGCCUGCAGAAAUGGAUAUAUACAUUUUGCUUUCCGUUUUGUCAUUGAUGCACUCCUGGAUUUUCUGCACAGUGCUAUCAGCGCCAGCUGGAGAGACACCCACUGCCUCCACCGACAGCCAGCGGCGCCAUGUGCGGACCAAACGCUGCUCCUGCGCCACCUUCAUGGACAACGAGUGCGUUUACUUCUGCCACCUGGACAUCAUCUGGGUCAACACACCCGAGCGCGUGGUCUCAUACGGACUGGGCAACACCGGCCCCAGAAAGAGGCGCGCGGUCGCGGACUCCAUGGCAACCAGCAGCGGACCUCCCCGCUGCCAGUGUUUCCACCGAAACGACAACACAUGUAGAAACUUCUGCCGGCUGGAAAAGCACCCCAGGUAUGAAACAUCGCCAGACUCGGUGAUCCGCUCUGCCGAGGGCGAUGGUUGUGCCGGGGCGCAGUGCAAACACAAGCUGGCAGCCGACACGGGCAGGAUCAAGAGGAUGAGGAACAGCAACAUGAAACGGGUGUCGCCUCUAACAAUCGGGGCUGCCUUAAAAACCCGUCUGCUGCUCGAGAAGUGGAGGGUGAGACAGCGACACAGGGCGAGAGCAUGGGAGGGUGAGAGCACGGCCUCCUAAAGAUGGCCGAUAACCUCCGCACCGUAUCAUACAGAGGGAGAAAGGGUUCCAUAAGCCCGUCUCUAAAGCAAGGGGGGAGCCCUGUGGAAGACAAUGGAGAGCCCCAAUGAGGCAGGCAAACAUACUCCAUGACGGCUUCGUGGUGUCAGAGCAGAGAGCAUUCACAACUCCACAUGGUUGCACUUCAUCAGACAGAUGAAGGAGGUCAGAGACCUCACAGGGAGUUGAGGUGAAAGAAGAUAAGCUGAGCAGAGGACUUGGUCCUGGCCUGCAAAAUCAAGUACAUUCAUUGAUCCUGUAGGUGUCACGGUCAGACUCACUGUCACUCCUUUGGACUAAAACAACCAUCAAAUAGCAUUUCAACGUGACAUUACUGGAAGGAUAAACAUAAAUCCCUCUGUUACAGAAAGUAAAGACCACUGCUGUGUACGAAUGAAGGCAGUCCUGCUUAUUAUAUUGUUAUGACUUAUGCCUACAUAGAAAGGAUUAUGUGUCUCGUGUCAUUGCUUUACACAAGAAAUCUUUUCACCGACUGAAACUAUUUACUGCAUUUUACGUAACAGGUUGUCUCCUGUAUGUCAGGUCAUUGUAGCUGUGAAGUACAGUAGCUGCUGGGAGUUCUUCAUGCUGAUGUUAUCACAGAUUUCUUUGCAUUCGUCAUAAUUUAAUUAUUUUUCACAACAUGUUAUGUAAAUGUGUUCUAUUUAUUUAUUCUUUUUACACAUUGUAAUGUGAUGGCCAUGUUGGCCCGUCACAUGUUGGGGUUUGUCAUUUCUAUGAAAUGUUUUGUCAUCAAGGUGCCAAAUUUUGGCCAAACUUACAUAAUUUAAA